CAGUUAUAAAAGGCACCCAGAUAAAAGGUAGGGAAGGAGGAGGAGAGAGAAGGAAGUAUCCAGGCUGAGCAUCAUGAAGGGGCCCUCACCCACCAGCAGCCUCCUGCUGCUCCUGUUGUUCCUGAGCCCAGACCCUGGAGGAGCAUUCCCACUGGCACUCAGCACUGCAUGCUGUACUCAGCUCUACCGACAGCCACUCCCAAACCAGCUACUGAGGAGGGUCAUCAGAGUGGAAUUUCAGGAAGCUGACGGGGACUGUCACCUCCAAGCCUUCGUGCUUCACCUGUCUCAACGCAGGGUCUGCAUCCACCCCCAGAACCGCAGCCUGAUUCGGUGGUUUGAACGCCAAGGGAAGAUGCUCCAGGGAACUCAGCCCAACCAGAGUUUGGAGCUCAAAGGGAAAAUGGGCUGGGGCCCCCAGAAGCCAAAGUAAUAAAGCAGUGAUGCAUAAUA